AGAUCUGAUCUAACAACUGGCAUUCAGACUUUGAUUGAUGCCUGCAUGGAGAAGUAUGGUGUGGAUGUGCCCAAGUCAAUGGCAUAUAGGGCAAAGAACCUAGCUAUUGAUGCUGUGCUAGGAGACCACAAGAAGCAACACCCUAGGUUGAAAGACUAUGCUCAGACAGUGAUGGAUACAAACCCUGGGAGUAGAGUAGUAGUCACUACUGUAACUCCAACACCCACUGAAAAAAUCCCCCAUCCAGGUCCAAGAUUCCAUGCUAUGUUCUAUUGCAUCAAUGGAGCAAGGGAGGGGUUUCUCAAGGGGUGCAGACCAUUCAUUGGUGUUGAUGGGUGCUUCAUUAAGUUAACUACUGGUGCUCAACUACUUGCUGCCACUGGUAGAGAUGGCAACAACAAUAUAUACCCACCAGCAUUUGGUAUUGUUGGGCAAGAGGACACACCUAACUGGUGUUGGUUUCUACACCAACUUAAAAUCUGCCUAGGAGGAGAAGUGGGAAGGUUUGGUCCAUAUACAAUAAUGUCAGAUAGACAAAAGGUAUGUGCUUGCAUCUUAUGUCAUUGUUCCUAUAUGGUUGUUUUGUGCUAGAUAGUAGCUUAGCUAGUUUAAUUGUGUG